AGGAAGUGAGAAGAAGGAAGUUAAUUCUCCUUUGCUGUUUUGGUUGCAUUGACGGGACAAAGGAGAAAAUAAAUGCGUUUUUUUAAAGGGAGAACUGACACGGCAGACGUUUUAUGAAUUCACUCUGGACACCAGCUUGGAAUCAGAAGCUGCAGCAGCCAAGUUGUGAAGAUGGACUUUGUCUGUUAGUAAAGGGUCAUGGCGCCACCGGGGCACAGCAACAGGAUAGGAGUAAAUCCUGAGAUAACAAAAACGAUGGAGAACGCCAAAAACCUCAAACAGGUUCCUCAGUACGGCAGUAUCAAUGGAGGCUCCUCUAGCGACAGCUGCCCAACAUGCAAAGGCACCGGAAGAAUUCCCAGAGGCCAGCAAGAUCAGCUCCUGGCAGUAAUACCAUGCAAUGAUGUGCGGCUGCAACCCAGACGCACGAAACUGUAUGUGUGCAUCUCCAUGGGUUUGAGUAUUUUUCUUUGCGGCCUGAUCCUCUUUUUCUUCCCGCGGAGCGUCACGCUCACGCCUGUGUCCGUGCUGUCAGUCAUGGUCUACUUCACACCGGACUCUGUCGAAAUGGAGGUCAAAAAUCUCUUCAACAUGACCAACGAGAACUUUGUCCCGGUUCAGAUUGCUGAGUUCUCCAUGCAGGGUGUGGUCAAUGAAAUUGUGGCGGGUCAUACCAAAAUAACCAACAUGACGGCAAUACAGCUUCGAUCACAAAAACCGUACAUUGUUCAAAUCAACCUGCUGCUUGAAGACACAGGCUUAAACAAUUACUGCAAGUCAAGUACUAUCAAGAUCCACACGUUGUUCCUGAAGUUGCAAAUAACCAUGAACAUUGCCUAUCUGUCUCACACGGAGCAGCUUUCACAGGACGUUUUCGAGUACAUUGAUUGUGGGAAUAAUUCAACCACACCACAUCCCGUGAGAUCAUAAAAUUCUCAUGAAAACACAGAACUUGUUCUUUCAUCCUUGUAAUGUGAUUUAUUACUGUUAAAAUGAUAUCACUAUAUUAUUUUAGCUGUCCAAAAGUGUUUAAUCAGCCACAGCCAUAUUUUAUCACAGAUUACGUAAGCUCUUGUUUUCAAUUUUUGUAUUUUAAUUAUUUGUUUCGUAUCAGAGUUGACUUCUGUUAAUCCUGAUUUCAUUUGCACUUUAUUAAACUGUGAUAUUUAUCCAAGGCUCCUUCA